AUGGGAGCAGGUCCUUCUUCUCAAAUUUCUCACGUUAGUGAUGUAGCAUCUGUUUCUUAUGCUAGCGGUGUGUCAACUUAUAAUGGAAAAAUUGUGCUCACUCCAUAUGAAGAGGUUGAACCUCGUUUGGAUGCUUGGGAUUUCUAUGAUGAUACGUAUCAAUUUGACCUGUUUAUUCAAGGUUAUCGGGCGAUUCAGGAUCGUUCUUACGAGGAUAUGAAAUCUUUUUAUCAAGUUAGUGGUAUUCACGGUUUGCCUUACACUGCAUAUGACGGAGUAACUAGUCAUAAUACAUACAAACCAUCAGAAUGGUCUCACGGUCGUUUUGGUGGAUAUUGUCAUCAUGGUGAUGUUUUAUUUCCUUCAUGGCACCGUCCAUAUGUCAUGUUAAUUGAAGCGUUGAUAAUUGAGGAGGCCAAGUUAAUCGCCGAAAAAUAUCCUUCCAAUGAAAAGGAAAAAUACGUUAAAGCAGCUAAAAAGCUCCGACAUCCUUACUUUGAUUGGGCUGGUGAAAAGGCUGUUAAUGGUCUUCCAGAAUAUUUCUAUAAAUCUGAACUCGAAAUAAACACUCCCACAGGCAAAAAUAAAAUUAAAAAUCCAUUAAAAAGCUACACCCUCCCUGUUGAUCUUUCACAACCGCUCGCAAAAGGUCAUAAUCCAAACGACAAACCACACUACAUAGUCCCAAAUACGACAUAUAAUCCAUUCACGCCCAAGGGGUAUCCAACUGUUAGAUACCCUAAUCCUAACUAUGAAGACCAGUACGAUCUUUUAAACUUCAAUAUGUCGAUUUAUGUUAAUAGUGUAUUCAAACCAAGUAUCUACCAAAUGUUUCAAGUUGAUGAUUACCUACAUUUUAGCAAUCAUGCCGUAACAUCAGAUGAUAGGCAACUGCCAGAUUCAUUUUCUGGUCAUCCAACUCCUACAGAUACUGCUGGUUUUGCUCAUUUUGCUUCUGUUGAAACACCCCACGAUGGCUUUCAUUUAAUAUCUGGUGGUCUUGGUGGUCAUAUGGCUUAUGUAGAUCUUACUACAUUUGACCCUCUAUUCUACUUUCACCACGCUAAUGUGGAUCGGUUUCUUGCAUUAUGGCAAGCAGUAUAUCCUAACUCCUGGGUUCCUAAAAAUGUUGCUAUAAAUGGAACUUUCACAGAUGAAAUGUAUUCAACAGUUGAUGAAUUUUGGGAUCUUACACCAUUUCGUAAAUCAGAGACAGAAUUUUGGAAUUCUGCAGACGUUAGAGACAUAGAAAAACUUGGUUAUACUUAUCCUGAAUUACAAAAAUUUAAAGGAAAAGAUCCUAAAGAAUUACAUAAUUAUCUUUUUGAACUUUAUAAACCUGAUCCUCAUUUUGGACGUCGAUUUUUCGUUAAAGUUACAAUUGCUAUGGGUAAAUUAAUUGGACCAUAUUAUAUUAGAGUUUUUGUUGAUUUAUAUAAUGCAGAUGCAAAAACUCCAGUAACAUCACCUCAUUUUGCUGGUCUUAUUGCUAUGUGGAAUAGUAUAAAUAAUUUCCAAGCCAAUAGUACUUCUUAUAUCGUAGGAAGUGUUGAUAUUACAGCUGCUAUGGAAAGAUUGGGUAUAAGAAAUGUAACUCAUGAAUAUUCUGAAGAAACUAAUCCUAUAACAGGAGAGUUAAAUUCAACCGCUAUUUUUAAUGUUGAUAAAGAUAUAACCUUAGUUCCUGUUAUGUUAGAUGGAAAAGGUGUUACUGCAAAAGAAGCUGGAGUUUCAAAUAUUGAAGUUUAUACAUUCUUACACGAUAAAGUUAAUCCAAAUUUCCUUGUCAAAAAUUCUGGGGAAUUAAUUGGUUCUAAAAAAUUCUAA